GCCGCCCGCUGUCUCACUCGUUCACCCGCCCUCUCUUGCUUGCUCGCCCGCGUGUCCUCCCACUUACCCUCUCGCCCGCUCACAUGUCCUCAUUCUGGCUCGCUGCCCUCUUGUUCGCCCACCUACUCGCCCUACUGCUAGUCUUUCCCAGUUACCGUGUCUCGCCCCUAGCUCACUCUCGCACCCGCCGACCCCGAAAGACUUUGAGUGUGAGGCUCAAGGGCCCUAUUCGCGAUACAAAGGUGAGCCAUCACCAACACGAUCUCCCUGCACUGCCAUCUACGAAUGUGCCGAGGCCCUGCUGAACCAUGUCCUAUCUGUCCGCCGUUCCGCUCCGCCAACUGUUUUCCUUGCCCGCCAUUGCGCUCGCCCGCCAUCUUGUCAUCCCUCUUGCCGCCGUCUCGCACCCGCCGACUUGCCGUCUCGUGCCUGCCCAUUUGCUUUCUCACGCCCGCCCACUGUCUUCUCACGUCCGCCCACUGCCUUCUCGCGCCCGCCUGCUUGCACUUUCGUGUCCACCCAUUGGCCCUCUCGCGUCCACACCCCGCUCUGUUGUGUCCGCGUGUUCACAUGUCCUCGCGUGCGCGCGUGCCUGUCCUCCGUGCUGCUUCCAUAGCUGCUCGCUCUCGGUGCUUUGA